ACACCUUCCCCAUUACCAACGUCAUCAGUUAGUGGUGAAGCCCGUAAUGCACAGCAGAAUCAACGUGUCCGCGCGCUUUAGAAAAUCGCUUCAGGAGCCCUGCACGAUCUUCUUGAUUGCAAAUGGAGACCUCAUAAAUCCAGCCUCUCGCCUCCUCAUCCCCAGAAAAACCUUGAAUCAGUGGGAUCAUGUGCUACAAAUGGUCACGGAAAAGGUCACUCUGAGGAGUGGGGCUGUCCACAGACUUUACACGUUAGAAGGAAAACUUGUUGAGAGCGGGGCUGAGUUGGAGAAUGGGCAGUUUUACGUGGCCGUCGGCAGAGAUAAGUUUAAGAAAUUGCCUUACAGUGAAUUACUUUUUGACAAGUCCACCAUGAGAAGGUCCUAUGGUCAGAAAGCCUCUUCACUACCUCCGAUUGUAGGAUCCAGAAAGUCUAAAGGGAGUGGAAAUGAUCGUCAAUCCAAGUCAACGGUUGGAUCCAGCGACCACACGUCCCCUCAGCCCCCAAAGAGGAAAGGGAAAAAAGAGGAGGUGAAUUUGGAAAAAACCAAGAAAGGGAAACAGAAUGUAAAGUUAAAGAAGUCACCACAAAUAAGUCCAAACGGUGGUGAAGGCGUUUUCCAGGCGGGAGCAGAGAGGUCUGAGACACGGGGGGCAGCAGAAGUCCAGGAAGAUGAAGACACGCAAGUGGAGAUCCCAGUUGACCAGAGGCCAGCGGAAAUCGUGGAUGAGGAGGAAGAUGGAGGAAAAGCGAACAAGGAUGCAGAGCAGAAAGAAGACUUUUCGGGAAUGAAUGGUGCCAUUGAAGGAGGAGAGGAGGCGGCGCCAGGUGCCCCCGAGCAGGUCGAGGGCGUCCCGGGUCCCAGGGAGGAGCCGGUGGCCCCCGCCCGUGUUAACGGAGGCACCAAUGAAGAGAAUGGCGAGGAGCUGGAUCAGAUUAAUCCCGAGCCUCAGGAGACAGUGGAGGAGGAAGUCAAGUCGCAAGGAGCUGGCAGUGCACAAGGCGAGGCUGACUUAGACCCUCAAAGACCACCAAGACCAGAAGUAAAAAUCACGAGCCCGCAAGAAAAUGAGAAUGAACAAAACAAGGACUAUGCUGCCGUAGCAUAGAUGAUUUUUAAGAAGAGAGUGUAUUGAUGAUCGGGAAAAUGAAGGGUUAUAACACGUGAACAAUAAGGAUAUAGUUACUGCUGAACAUAAUGUGACAAUAUGGUUGAAUGCUGCAUACGAAAUUCUAAGAUUAGAGGUUUAAUGGAAAGGCUAGAUGAUUUUGAGUAGCUACUAAAGGAGAGUGGCUUCUUUUCAUGGGAUGUGUCUGUAAAAGUCAUUUAGAAAAAAUAAGAGGGAUAGAGGGGCAUGUUGCACGGA